UAACCUCUAUUAAUACACAAAAGCCUACACCGCGAAGAUACAAUAAUCACACUGUGAGAAAACAUGUAUUUACAUAAAUAUACAAAUUUUUCCUUUCAACUCUCCCUCACACGUCUCUGAAACACACCACCACAGAAGAAGAAGAAGAAGAACGAAGAAGAAGAACGAAGAAGAAGAGUUAAGCAUAUAUUAAUAUAUAUUAAUGGCAUACAUCUGUUGCAGCUCAACUUCCGUGCAAGAACGAACGCACAUACUAAAUAGAGCUUCUUGAAAUAGUACUGAACGGACUGAAACCUCGAUACAGUAUGUCCCAUCACUACUAAUGGAGUAAAACAUAAAAAAUGAAGCUUCAUGUCCGGAUAAACACGAUCAAAGCUUCUCAAACUAGCUUAGCUUAGCUUGAUCGCUGCUACCAGAGACGCGUUUGUGAUCAACGCGUCGCAAAGCAGCGCUCAAGUGUGGCUGUAAAGUUUUUGCGAUUAUCGUGUGGAAAUGUGCGCAAGACGUGUGAAAGAAGAGUACGAGGUGGAAAUUUGUGGAACAACUGAAGAGAAUGAGCGACAAGAUCAACUCCCGGACGCUGUUUUCAAGCAGCCUCGAGUUGUGUUACACAGAGCAGACGUCGGUGAAAAAUAUUUUCAUCCUGAGAAGCUGGAGCCCGACUGCCCUCGUAUUAAAGAGGAGGAGGAGGAUAUCACCAAGUUGCCAUUGAGCAUUGUGCCUUUGAAGAGCGAAGAUUAUGAAGACCAAGGUCAGACGUCACAGCUUCAUCACAGUCAAAGUCAGGAGAACAGAGUGGCAGCGCAUCCAAGCAGCAGCUCAAAUCAAGACCACAGUGGAGGAUCACAAGCAGACAGCCUCUUGGCUCCAUUAUCAGAUAGUGACGACAUAACGUCACACUCUCCCGACACUGAUGAUAAUGAACACUCCAGAGGUGGUAGGACAUGUUACACUGACAACAAACCUUUGACAUGUUCUCAGUGUGACAAAACCUUUUUCACUAACUACGCAUUGCAAAGACAUUUGAGAACACACACCGGAGAGAAACCUUUUGUCUGCUCCGUUUGUGGUAAAAGAUUCUCUGAAAAGGGACAUGUAAUUAGACACACAAGAACGCAUACUGGAGAUAAACCCUUUUCCUGCUCAGUGUGUGGUCUUAGAGUAACUGAAAAGAGUAGUUUAAAAGCUCACACGAGAACACACACUGGAGAGAAACGUUUUGCCUGCUCAGUUUGCGGCAAAAGAUUCACUGAUAAGCGAAAUUUGGCGACACAUGCAAGAACACACACUGGAGAGAAACCUUUUGCCUGCUCAAUUUGUGGUACAAAAUUUUCUAUGGAGACACAUUUAAAAACACACAUUCACAGGCACACAGGGAAGAAACCUUUUUCCUGCUCAGUUUGUGGUAAAGGCUUCUCUGUCAAGAGCAGCUUAGGGAGGCACACCAAAAAGCACACUGGAGAUAAUCUUUUUAGCGGAUCUUCCAUCAACUGUAGUUUUGCAUUGGCAGAUAUCCAUCCUGAGCAACAAGAGUUGCGUUCCACAGUGGAACAGCCUGAGCUAGAGCCCCAUUACAUUGAAGAGGAAGAUAAGGAAGAUGAUACCAUCAAGUUGCCGUUGACUGGUAUCCCUGUAAAUAGUGAAGGUGAUGAUGAACACAGUAAAGGCGAUGUGACAUCUCAAAUUGACAACAAUCACUGGAAAUGUUCUCAAUGUGACAAAACAUAUGGUUCCAAAACAAGUCUAAGAAGACACAUGAUGGUCCAUACUGGGGAGAAACCCUUCAGCUGCUCAGAUUGUGGGAAAAGAUUCGCACGGAAAGCAUUUUUGAUCAUACACACAAGAACACACACCAUGGAGAAAACAUUUUCGUGCUCAAUUUGUGGUAAAAGCUUUGCUAUAAAGGCAACAUUAGUAAGACACACAAGAACACACACGGGGGAGAAACCUUUCACCUGCUCAUUUUGUGGUAAAACAUUCCCUGGAAAGAGCUACUUAAUAAUACACGUAAGAACGCACACUGGGGAGAAACCUUAUGUCUGCUCUGUUUGUGGUAAAAGAUUUAUUGAGAAAGGAAGUUUGAACAGACACACAAGAAUACACACUGGAGGGAAACCUCUUACUGGUUCAGUUUGCAACUUUAAUUCAGGAUUGGAAGAGGUUUGUCUUGAGCGGCAGGAACAAGAGCACCCCCACAUUAAAGAGGAAAAGGAGUUCUCCCACAUUAAAGAGGAAGAUGAGGCGACAGAGCACCCCCACAUUAAAGAAGAGCAAGAAACUUAUAUCACCAAGUUACCCUUGACUGUUGUCAUUGUGAAGAGUGAAGCUGAUCAAGAACAUUCUAAAAGCGAUAUGACAUGUCAGCCUGACAACAAACGUGUGAAAUGUUCUCAAUGUGACAAAACUAUAAGUACCAAGAAAAAUCUGAAAAGACACAUGAUGAUUCACACAGGGGAGAAACCUUUCAGCUGUUCAGUUUGUGGGAAAAGAUUUCUUGACAAGGGACACUUGGCAAGGCACGCAAGUAUACACACUAGAGAGAAACCUUAUUAGUUUUUAUUUUAUGGUCUUCUUUUGAGUUUUUUCUAUUAACUGCAAGAGAUAAAAUGUUGAUUUUGUGUUUUACAUAUGUAUGACUUCAUUUUAACCACGUGAAGCACUUUCUCAGUCCUCACUCUAAGUGUGAUAUAAAUAAAUUUGACUAACUUACUUUUGCUUGUUCAAUCUGCAACGUUAGUUCAGGAUUGGAAGAUCAGAUCUUCCUGGGCAGCAGGGGUGGAGCUCCAGGAUGGACAAAGAUUCACUCUAAGUCACGCUUUGGUGAGGAAAUCAAUGACUGUGUCUGUGAUUCAUAUGUAUCACACAUACAUGCAAAA